AGACCUCGAGGGACCCAAAUAGCCCCAAGUCCAGUGAAUUUGCUCCAUCACCAACUUGUCCCUGCAGAGCCUCCGAACCGAGUCGCUGUUUACAGAGUGUGCCUCCCUCCACGCCGCUAGGGGGCGCCGUGUCAGCGGAAGGUUGUCGCACAAAAUUCAUCCACACUUCCGUUUCCGAGAGGCAGGGAGCCGCAACAUCAACAGCCACAGACAGAUUUAGUUAAUAGCACAACACUUUAAACAUUACAAGCGGUAAGACUUCGUUCAAGAGUCAGAGGAUGUCGGGACAGAAGCGUCCCGCUGACCCAAGCGGCCCCUCGUCCUCCGGUGGGCCCCCGGAGAAGCGUCGGGAGAGGGACGGAGAGGACGGAGCUCCGGAUGUCGGCGCCGCUGCCGGGGGGAGCACUGCGGUGGAGACGGUCAUUAAACUGGGAGGUGUAUCCAACUCGGAAGAACAAGACAUCAGAGCUCUCCAGGCUAAAAACCGAAAGCUGGGAGAAUCUCUUGAUCAAAGACAGGUUAUUGAGGAUGAAUUACGAGAGCGAAUUGAGAGACUGGAGACCCGCCAGGCCACUGAUGAUGCCAGUCUGCUGAUCCUCAACAGAUACUGGAACCAGUUUGAUGAAAACAUUCAACUGACCAUCAGGCGUUAUGACCAAGCAAGCAGCGAACCGGAGAAAUCUCUGGCAGGUGAGGGACAGAGCCUGAAGCCAGAAACUCCAGAACCUGAUGGCGACUCCAACCAGGAGCGGGCCAAGGAAAGAAGCCACCAGGGAGAGACAACCAACUCUUUCCUGGCAACACUGGCGAGCAGCAGCAGUGAGGAGAUGGAAGUUGAGCUUCAGGAGAGAGUGGAAUCCAGCCAGAAGCAGGCCUGUCACGUGGUGGAGAUCUAUGAAUGCCUGAAGAGCACAGUGGACCAACUGAAGGCAGAGCUGAACUCUGGUGCUGAGGGCAGUCUAUGGCAGACGGCUUCCAAACUGAACUCUCUCCUGGUCAGAGAAAACAAGCGGCUGCAACAGCUGACUGAGGACCUGAAGCAGAAGCACAGUCACAUGACGAGCGAGUCCCGGCCUCUGGGUCGUGCUGCUAACAAAGCAGACCAGCGUGUUGGCGAGCUGCAGGUUCUGAUCGAGGAGCUCCAGUGGGACAUGGAGAAGAUCCGCCGCAGAGAGAACCGACUGAAUGCCCACCUGACUGAGAUACUGGAGAGGGUGAACAGUAAAGGCUACAAGGUGUGUGGGGAGGCCAGCAGCGUUUGUGGGACCAUCACUAUUAACAAGAGAAAGUUUGAAGAAAUGAACAGUGAUAUGGAGGAAAACACGGAGCUGGCAGGCAACCGAUUCAUUGAGCUGCAGAAGCUCCAGCAGGACCUUCAGAGCGUGUACCAGGACAACAACAACAUGAAGGUGGAGCUGGUGACUCGAGCAGCGAGUAUGGUCAAAGAGACUUCUGAGUAUCUCUGCCUGCAGUCACAGUUUUCUGUGCUCUACAACGAGUCUCUGAUUCUCAAAGGUCAACUAGAUGAGACACGUGUUCGUCUCAACACUACCAGGACAUCCAGGCUUCGACAGCUGGAGCACAUGGAGAAUGAUGAGGUAGCUCUCCAGAGGAAGGUUCGUACAGAAGUCUUCCAGCUGGAGGACAUGUUGGCUCAGGUCAGGAAGGAGUACGAGAUGUUGCGCAUCGAGUUUGAACAGACUCUUGCUGCCAACGAGCAAGCAGGUCCUAUCAACAGAGAGAUGCGCCACCUGAUCAGCUCGCUACAAACCCACAAUCAGCAGAUGAAGGGAGAAGUGGUGAAAUACAAGAUCAUACUGAGAGAGUCACAAACUGAGCUGAACCAGGUCCGUGCUUCAAAGGGCAACGCCAUCCUUCAGUCCCAGACAAGCACAGAGUUGGAUGUGAAGGAUGAGGCGACCUCUCUUUCAACCCCAGCCGUCUCUGGGGAACCUGUGGUCAAGACAGAGACUGACAACGGCUCCUCCACCCCCAGCAGCACCGGGGCCUCUGUGAAAACGGAGCCUGGGGUUGAAUCAGAAGCAACAGUAAAAGAUGAGGAGAAAGAGGAGAAGAAAGAGAAGGAGGAAAAGAAAGAAAAGGACAUUAUAAAGAAAGAGGAGAAAGAGUGGGAAAAGGAGAGAGAGAGGCCAACUCGCAGCGGUGGUAGCAGCAGUGUGAUAAAGGAGGAGAAGGAGAAACUAGGGAGCAGCAGCCAGCCUGAGGAGUCAUCCGGGGAGCGCCUGUCGGUGGUCGGAGGGUCAAAGAGGAAGGAGAUGGAGCAGCUGAAGAUCGUCCGAGCUGAACUCAAGAAAGCGCAGGAAUCCCAAAGGGAGAUGAAGCUGCUGCUGGACAUGUACCGCUCGGCACCAAAGGAGCAGAGGGACAAAGUCCAGCUCAUGGCUGCAGAGAAGAAGUCCAAGUCAGAGGGAGAGGAGUUGCGGCAGAGGCUGAGGGAGCUGGAAGAGAGGGAGAGGCGGGAGGGCAAGAAAAUGGCAGAUGAAGAGGCUCUGAGGAAGAUCCGCUCUGUGGAGGAGCAGAUCGAUAUCCUCAACAAGAAGCUCUCCAUAGCAAAACAGGAGGAGGACGCGCUGCUGAGCGAGAUGGACGUCACGGGCCAGGCUUUUGAGGACAUGCAGGAACAAAACAUCCGUCUGAUGCAGCAGCUCAGAGAAAAAGACGAUGCCAACUUCAAGCUAAUGAGCGAGCGGAUCAAGUCCAACCAGAUCCACAAGCUGCUGAAAGAGGAGAAGGAGGAGCUGGCCGACCAACUGCUUACUUUGAAAACUCAGGUGGAUGCCCAGCUGCAGGUGGUGAGGAAGCUUGAGGAAAAGGAACGCCUCCUGCAGGGCACCAUCAGCACUGCUGAGAGAGAGCUGGCGCUUCGAACACAAGCUUUGGACAUGAAUAAACGCAAGGCUCAGGAGUCCGCGUUGCUGUCGGAGGAGAUACAAAUUCUGCUGGAGCAGGUUCAGCAGAGGCUCAACCUGGUCAGAGAGGAGGUCAUCGAGAACAGCAUCUCCAGGGAGAAGGAGUCCUUUAACGCUCGACGAGCACAGGAGGACAUCUCCAAACUAAGGGGGAAGAUCGAGAAGGCCAAGAAACCUGCUGAGAAAAUCAGCAAUGGAGAUGAUAUCCUAAAUGAAGAAAUCAAUGACUAUAAGGCACGCUUAACAUGUCCAUGCUGCAACUCUCGGGUGAAGGACGCGGUGCUGACAAAGUGCUUCCACGUCUUCUGCUUCGAGUGCGUUAAGACGCGCUACGACACACGCCAGAGGAAGUGCCCCAAGUGCAACGCGGCCUUCGGCGCCAACGACUUCCACCGCAUAUACAUCGGCUGAAGCUGCGUUUCCACGCGGAUUCUUGCAUGGAAAAAGUUCAGCGUGAUAAGAAGGCGUGCAGAAGCUGCCGGAAGUGAGACUCACCACUGUACUCACAUGUCUGCUCUGAACACGUGCCUCCUCUGCUCCUGUGUGUUCAGGAUACCUUCAGCGUGAUACUUGCUGACGGUUGCAGCUUCACCGGGUCGCAGCGAUGCUCUGAACGAUUUCAUUUCCUUUUCUUUUCUGUUAACACUGACUGAAUUCAGCUUCUCCUAUCCAUGGUCCACUACUUCACUGUAUGUCUUCAGAUACUGGUGCAAGAAGAAGGUAGAGAACGAUUCUGUGUGUUUGUCUCGCAUACUGAGUGCUGUGCGUGUGUGUGUGUGUGUGUGAGAACAAACCAGAAUACAGAGAGAAAAGAGUCCAGUGAAAAUGGAGCGUAGUUUGUCUGUUGUUGGUGUGUACAUACUGUGUAGCUAUGUUUCAUUUUUUUAAUAUCUGAAAACUUCUUUCUCCAAAAUCUUCUGAAAUCUUUCAAACCGGACUUCAUGCUGUCUAAUUGCUGUUCUGCUGGUUAUUAAAGUGUCAUCGAAACUG